AUGGUCCGGAGGAAUAUUCAAGGCGCUGGAGGUAGAAAGCAGCGGGCGACGGGGCCGUGUUUAUUUAUCACGCUUCCCCCAGAAAUGUUUAUAAAUAUAUGCCAAAACCUUCCUCCCGUUGACUUGUUAUCUUUGGCUCGAGCAUGCAAAAGAUUUAAUGGAUUCUUGAGUGCAGAAACCUCAAUGACAACUCAAGAAAUUUGGAAAGCAUCCAGGGAGAUGUUUUUGCCGUACUUACAAUUGCCACCUCCAGAUGGAAUGACAGAGAGGCAGUAUGUGAGAUUGGUCUUGGAGAGGGGAUGCCAAUUUUGUGGUAAAACAAAAAUUCGGAAAGUUUAUUGGGAAUUUCUUGUCCGCUGCUGCGAGGAUUGUUUAAAGGAAAGAACCUUAAGAAAAGAAGAUAUUAAACAAGAUUUUUUUAAACUACAAAAUGUAAGAGCUGAUGAUGUGUUGGCGGGAUUGGCUUACAUUCCAUCUUGGCAUAGAAGGGCAUGGGACAGAGGAACAAAGAAUAGACCUUCGAGCCUUUAUUGGACUAAGGAUUAUUUAGCUGCUUAUGAAGAAUUUAAAGAGAUUCCUCAUACUCUUAGGAUUGAGUGGAUUAGAAAAAAGAGAGAAGAAGGUGAUGCCAAAAUGAAGGAAGCUGUCAAGAGAAAAUUGGAAACUGACAAAGAAUUAAGAAAUAAGAUGCAUGAAAACUCGAUAAAGAGAAGUGAGAGAGCUUCACAAAUUCAAUCCAGAAUUUUGGAGAUGAAAUCAGAAAAAAAUGAAUAUGGAAUUGCCAAAUAUUCUGAUACCCUCAUGGAAACCAAUGCUUACACGAACGCCACGAAAUAUAUUAAUCUUAAAUCUCCACAACCUUUCACGGAUCGUGCUUGGGCUUUGUUGAAAAAGAAAUUAAUAAAAGAAUAUAAUGAAUUAUCUGAAAAGAAGAGACAGCUGCGCAUUGAAAAAGAAAAAAUUCUUCCAAAAGAUACCAUCAUCCAGAUGAGACAAUUUGAUAUUUAUGAAAUAGCUAAACAAUGGAUUCCUGAUCCAGAAACUGAGAAAAAAAUGGAACAAAUUGAAAUUAGUGCAGCCGAAUUAGCAUUUUCUUCAACAUCCACUUCAGCUGCAUUUACAAAUAUAAAAGUUGAAAAUACAACUUCAAUAUCAGAUACCACUUCUGAUAAGAUUGAAGGCGUAACCUCAACUUCCAAUAAUGCUUCUAUGAAUAUUGAUAACUUAAUCUCAACAUCUGACGACACUCCUAUGAAUAUUGACAACAUAACUAUACCCAAUAUGUCCAUUUACUUUUCAAUGCCAACUCAAAUUUCCGAUUUUUCUUAUUCUAAUGACAAUAACACAUCUUAUACAGAUACAAAUUCCAUAAUGUCAAUCGACUCCCUAAUAUCGCACGAUACAUCGAAUUUUUCUUUUGAUUAUGCAUCUACAUCCAAUUCAGCACCUAUCUAUUCAGAUUAUUUUUACACAGACCAAAUGGAAGAUGUUGAUAUGGACCAAUUUUCUUUAAAUUAUGAAAUGCCAACGCCGUCAUCUUCGACGGAUGAAUAUUACAUGUUGUACGAUCAAUAUUUCUUCCAAUUUGAUUCGAAUGCCAAUGUUAAUAUACAACAAGAUGAAAAUAGGUUUAUUAUUGAAAAAUAUUUACCUUGGUGUCCAUCUUAUAGGAAUCCGCCAUUUCAUGAAGGUAAUCCAUAUAAUCUAUGGGAUGAAAAUUAUCUUAUGAAAACUUUAAUGCCACUAAUUUGGUGCGAAGCUACAUAUUUAUUGAACAAUGGCGGACCAACAACAACUGUGCAAGGUGCAGUACUUGGUGGUUAUCGAGAAAAUAACAAGUUUAAAUGUAAAGUAUGUUUUGCAAAGGAGCACCCCAAAAUGUCAUAUUCUUUUAGAAAUGUAAGAAAACAUUUAAUUGAAUACCAUAACGUCAGAAAUAUUAAUGACGAAGAAAUGAUUGAUGUUUCGCCCGAAUUUAAUCCUAUCGAAACUAAUGAUCCAGUCUUUAAUAAUGAUAUCAAAAAUAAGUUGUUUGCUAUCGGAUUUAAUUUUAAUUUAUUAAAUAUGGAUAAUUUGGUUAAAUACUAA